CCCCCUCCCUGUCAGUGUCUCUCUCUCUCUCUCUCCCCCUCCCUGUCAGUGUCUCUCUCUCUCUCUCUCCGUCAGUCGCUCCUGUCUUUCCUCGCAGCAGCAGAAGUUCCUCUACAGACGACAAAAUGUUUCUGGCAAGGAGUUUCAUCGGAGGCAUCAUCAACAUCGUGAGCGACAUCGACCCGUCUAAGUUUAUUCCCUCAAAACCUCCUCCUCCUCGCAGACCUCUGAACUUCGCCGAGGGCCACGAGAGCGAUGAGGAGAAGCAGUUUCGUAAUGUUUUCAGACAACUGGCCGGGGAAGACAUGGAGGUGAGCCCCAAAGAGCUGAUGGACAUCCUCAACAAAAUCAUUUCCAAACAUGGAGGCCUGAAGACCGACGGCUUCAGCAUCGAGUCCUGCAGGAGCAUGGUCGCUGUCAUGGACAGUGACAGCACCGGAAAACUGGGUUUUCACGAGUUCAAGUAUCUGUGGAACAACAUCAAGAGGUGGCAGGGAAUCUAUUUGUCCCACGACAACGACUGUUCAGGUGUGAUUGGCUCUCACGAGCUGCCUCAGGCCUUCAAGGCUGCAGGUUUCCCUCUGAAUGAUCAGCUUUUCAAGCUGAUCAUCCGUCGCUAUAGUGACGAGCACGGCGACAUGGACUUUGACAAUUUCGUUGGCUGCCUGGUGCGACUGGACGCCAUGUGCAGAGCCUUCAAGACGCUGGACAAGGACAACAGCGGCUCCAUCGACCUGAACAUCAAGGAGUGGCUCCAGCUGACGAUGUAUUCAUGAAGAGACCGGACCAGGGAGAUGUUUCUCUCCCUCCAUCUCAUCUCUCUCUUUACGUUUUUACGGCUAGUUGUGCAAUAGUGUGACCGCCCAGUGUCUCCACGGCAACGGGACCAAAAUAGCAAAGUUGUGCCGAUGCUGCUGUUGCACUGCCCCUCUGCUGCCAGGCGGCGGCGCUACAACCUCCCCAUCUUCUCUUUUUUUUUUCUUCUUUUUUUUUUAUUAGGCUGAAACUGUUUGAAUGUUUAACAGAAUAAAGUUCAACUGAAAAAACA